UGGCCCGACGCCUCAGCCCCAUCAUGCUGGGCACACCUCGAUAGUGGUUCACGAGGAUGAGUUCUUCUUCGGCAGUGGAGGCAUUUCCAGCUGUCCGCCCGUAAGUGCCUCCUGUGUGGGACCCUUGCCUUUGCUGCCUCUGAUCCCUCUGUGAUUCCUGCAGGAGAACGCAUGGGGUCGCUCAGCUUCCUACCGAAUGCCACACGAAUGCUUUCAAAGCUACAUUUCUGAGACCUUCUCACAUACCGUCCCACAAGCGACUGACCAUCUCUUAGGGGUAUUCUUCCCAGUCUGCUAAAGUUGUGAGUGAGGAUCGGUUGUUGGGCAAAUCUUCUGUAGAGGAUUUCUAAAGGGAGAGGGACGAGAUUCGUACAGAGCUAACGGUGUGCCUGAGCUGCCCGUCUGCUCUGGGGACGGGGGGGGCGGGGGACACUCAUCUGCGAGACUGUGGCUCUAUCGGGGCCUGUUUUGUCGCCUGACCCCUCUUGCUCGUUUCUUCCCUCGGCUCUCUGGAGUAAUCAGAGGGACCCUCGUGCCUGAGAUUUGACCAUAGACUGCUACAGGGCAGUCAGUGCUUCAAAACCCACCGUUGGCCCAACCUUCCAAAUAAAAAAAUGAUGAUAAUAAUAAGCAUAAUAACUUGAUUGUCCAUAAAAACAUCUCAUCCUACUGAGUUUUUUGCCCCUUGAAUUUCCAAAGGAAGAAGCGGCAUAUUUUUUCAUGAGUUUGACUAUAGAGAAAUGGAUCGUUAAAUGAAACACCUUCUGGUGCCCUGGACCUCCGUCUGUGAAUCAGAGUCAGGGUCCACAUGACUGCACACACACCUGUCACACAAAUGACAUGGAGAAGCAGCCUGGACUGAAAGGCAGGCUAGUGGAAAUCAGGUUUAGAUCAUCACAACGUGUACUGCUUAAGCUCCAAGGGGAUGCAGGAGCUCCAGUUAAUAGAGAGAUUAUGGGAAAAGGAAAGAAAAGACUUUCCAAAACUGUGGCCGGGGGAAAAUUCUUAACUGAACAAGGAAUAGAAAUGAUCGCAAAAGAUCAGGUGGAUGCUUUUGAGUACAUAAAAUUAACAAGCUUUUGCACAAGCAGAAUCCAUACAGCUAGAAGUAAAACAAGAAAAAAAUCCUUGAAGCAAAUUGUUCUGCUAAAGGUUUGUGAGGGGCCGCUAGAUGGCGCAGGGGAUAGAGCACCGGCCCUGGAGUCAGGAGGACCUGAGUUCAGAUCCAGCCUCAGACACCUACUCACUAGCUGUGUGACCCUGGGCAAGUCACUUAACCCCCAUUGCCUCACCAAAAAAAAAGAAAAAAAGUUUUGUGAAAGUCCAGGGAAAAGAUGCAGAGGAAAUCAAUACAAACAGGGAGGGACACUGCUUGGGCCUCCCGAUUCAGUAGUAGAAGUGGGAAGCACCGAAGUUACCCAAGAAAUCUUCCUGGAGUAUCUGGCCUCCCUGGGGGAGUCCCUGUUCCGAGGUGAGGCCUACAAUCUCUUUGAGCACAACUGUAACACAUUCAGCAACGAAGUGGCACAAUUCCUGACCGGAAAGAAGAUUCCCUCCUACAUCACAGACCUUCCGUCUGAAGUCCUGUCCACGCCCUUCGGACAGGCCCUGCGGCCCCUCCUGGACUCCAUCCAGAUACAGCCCCCUGGCGGGAACACCUUUGGCAGACCCAAUGGCCAGAGCUAACGGGCCUAGGAGGGAGCACCUCGCCUCACCUCACCGCCGCCGUCGACUCUCCAGGGCUUUUCCUUUUUAAAAAAAC